GUCGAUGUCAUCACUACUAGCUGUCAAGUUGAGUUGCAUAUUUUUCAUUUACCACUUUUCAGUAAUAUUUAUGUAAAACGUGUGGAUCUAUUUAUUUUGCUGAUUUAAUUUUGGUUAUAUUGUCUAGCUAAGAUACUAUUUCGUUUUAGUUAAUGUAUAAUCAAAUCUGUCGGCGACUAACUAUAUCAAUAUGUGAGAAACACAUUCUGCGAACAAGACAAUUUCAGGUAAUAAAAGAAAAGUCAUCAGUACUUAUUGCCCGAGGCAUUCAUUCAACGAACAUCAUGAGUGCCAAUGUGUUAAAUAGUUCAAGCACAAUAGUGCCUGCAAUUGAAAUUUCAAUGGAUUGCGGGAACAUUGAACGUUUCAAUAACAUUGGCAAAUCGCAGCAAGACAAUCGUGAUUAUCGAGGCCUGAAGCUUGCGAAUGGAUUAAAAGUUUUACUCGUCAGCGAUCCGGUCACGGAUAAAUCUUCUGCUGCGCUAACUGUCGAUGUGGGUCAUAUGAGCGAUCCGAAUGACAUUCCUGGCCUAGCUCAUUUCUGCGAACAUAUGUUGUUCUUGGGAACGGAAAAGUAUCCGAAUGAAAAUGCGUAUUCAACGUUUUUAUCAGAAAAUGGCGGCUCCUCAAAUGCAUCGACUUAUGCAGACAACACCAAGUAUUACUUCGAUAUUGUACCGAGCCAAUUGGAAGGUGCAUUGGACAGAUUUGCGCAGUUCUUCAUCUCUCCAUUGUUCACCGAAAGUGCAACAGAACGGGAAAUAAAUGCAGUCGAUUCGGAACACGAUAAAAAUGUUGCCAUCGAUGUUUGGCGUAUCCGACAAGUGUCCAAAUCACUGGCCGAUCCCAAUCAUCCAUACAGUAAAUUCGGAACAGGAAACAAGAAGACACUGUUGGAGGAACCGUUGGCUAGAGGAAUUAAUGUUCGCGACGAAUUGAUCAAGUUUCAUGACAAAUGGUAUUCGGCUAACAUAAUGAGUCUGGCUGUGUACGGCAAAGAAACGUUGGACGAAUUGGAGACGAUGGUCGUUUCAAAGUUCUCUGGAAUUGUGAACAAAAAUGUUGACGCUCCCCGAUGGAACGAUGCACCGUUUCUUGCCGACCAAGAAGCGACUAAGGUGUCUAUCGUGCCGGUCAAGGAUUCUCGAUCGCUAACGAUUUCAUUUCCAACUGGGGACUUGGAGAAACACUACAAAUCAUCGCCUGAACAGUAUCUGAGUCAUUUACUUGGACACGAGGGCAAGGGUAGCAUUUUGUCAGAACUGAAAAGCAAGGGAUGGUGCAAUAGUUUAAUGGCUGGACAUAGUACAUCAGCCCGAGGAUUUGGAUUUUUCGACAUAUCUGUCGAUCUAUCGAAAGAAGGCUUCGAGAAUGUCGAUGAAAUAAUUAAAAUAAUUUUUCAGUACAUCAAUAUGUUGAAAGCAAACGAUCCGAAGAAAUGGAUUUUUGAAGAAUAUUGCAAUUUAAGCGAAAUGCAGUUCCGCUUUAAGGACAAAGACACUCCACUCACUUUGGUGUCUGGUGUUGUACAUUCGAUGCAAUUGUAUCCGUUGGAAGAAGUGUUAACGGCACCUUACCUAGUCAGUGAAUGGCGUCCCGAUUUAAUCGAAGACUUGCAAAAGGACCUAACGCCUACGACCUGUCGCAUUAUCGUUGUUGGUCAGAAGUUGGAGUCGAUUGCUAACAAUGCUGAGAAAUGGUACGGAACCAAAUAUCACUGGGAAAAACUCGAUAAGAAGUUAUUAGAGGAAUGGUUAAAUUGUGGAUUCAAUCCAAAGCUAUCGUUUCCGAAUACAAACCCAUUCAUACCAACAGACUUCAAUUUGUAUCCGAUCGAGGCGGAUGUGCAAAAAAUUCCGAUCAUUAUUCAUGAUACACCGGUCAUGCGUGUAUGGUACAAACAGGACACUGAAUUUUUGAAACCGAAAGCCAUCAUGAAUUUCGACUUUUCCAGUCCGUUGGCUUACGCCGAUCCACUCAACUGUGACUUGACUCACAUGUUUGUGCAUUUGUUCAAAGACGAACUAAACGAAUAUCUAUACGAGGCUGACUUGGCUGGCCUGCGAAUGGGUGUCUCAAACACUGCAAAUGGAAUCAGCUUGUCAGUGAGUGGAUACAGUGACAAGCAGCAAGUUCUGCUGGCAAAGAUUCUAGAUCAAAUGUUCACUUUUGAAUUUGACGAGAAACGAUUCGAAAUUAUAAAGGAACAGCUGAUGCGUGCAUUGAAAAACUUUAAAGCCGAACAACCCUAUCAGCAUGCAGUCUACUUUUUAGCUUUACUGUUGACGGAACAUGCGUGGACUAAGCAAGAAUUGAUUGAUGCAGUCGCAUUGAUCACGAUCGAACGUCUUCAGCAGUACAUUAAGGAUUUCUUGUCUCGCAUGCAUGUGGAAUGUUUCAUUCAUGGGAAUGUAAAUAAGCAAAAGGCAUUAGAUCUAGCUGGAUUAGUUGAAAAGAAAUUGGAUGCAACGCAUGCCAAUGUCUUGCCGCUACUGUCAAGACAAUUGAUGCUCAAACGAGAAUACAAAUUGGUUACCGGCGAACGGUACUUGUUCGAAACGGAAAACGAAUUCCACAAAAGUUCAUGUGCUUCCGUCUAUUUGCAAUGUGGUCCACAGGACGACCGCUCAAAUGUUUUCAUUGAUUUGGUGUCACAAAUACUGAGUGAGCCGUGCUACAAUCAACUCCGUACGAAGGAACAAUUGGGCUACAUUGUCUUUUGUGGCGCCCGAAAGGCGAACGGUGUGCAUGGAAUUAGAUUCAUUGUACAAUCGACUAAGCAUCCGGUUUUCGUUGAGGAAAGGAUAAAAGUCUUUCUGGAUAGUAUGGUGGAACAACUUACGAACAUGACCGACGAAGAAUUCGAACGGCAUAAGGAAGCUCUAGCCGCUCAAAAAUUGGAAAAACCGAAACGCUUAUCCACCCAAUUCAACAAAUUUCUGAACGAAAUAUCACUGCAGCAGUAUCACUUCGAACGAGCCGAGAAAGAAGUUGUAAUCCUGCGGACAAUAACGAAGGCCGACCUGAUCGAGUACUACGAAAAUUUCAUUCUAUUUUCGGGACCGCGAAAUUGUGCUCUGUCCAUACACAUUGUGUCGACGGCCGAAGGUGGUAUCGGCCACUCAGAUGUGACUGAGGAUAAGCCUGCCCGACCGGAUGAUAUGGUCGUCAUUUCAGAUCUGGCAGCGUUUAAAUCUAGUAAAGAAUUGUAUGCUGUUGCACAGCCAUAUAUAAACAUUCAGCCGAAAGGAGGCAAAAGUAAAUUGUAAACAGGACACCCUCCGACUAAACGAUAAUAUAGAAGCAAGUUCAAAUUUCA